CGGAUCAGCAGGCUUGGAAAGCAGUGUGGAACCUUCAAGUUCCGGAACGCGUUAGACUCUUCAUAAGGCUUGUUAAUCUCCAUCGCAUGAACACCAGCAAAAGGAGGUUCGAAAGGCACAUAGCUCCUAAUCCUUUUUGUCCCACGUGUGUUAAUGUGCCAAAGACCGAGCUUCAUAUCCCGAGGGACUGCUCGGCCUCCCUCUUCUAUUAGACAAGAGAGGUGCCAGCAAACAACAUGGUGGAUUUCCUGACCUUGAUCAGUGGGUUCGCACGAAUAUUCUGAACACGAAGAUGGACAGUAAUGGCGUCCCCUGGGCCUCAAGCUUCAGCAUUGCUCUGUAGACUCUUUGGAAGAACCGGAACGAAUGUGUCUUCAGCGAUGGUAGCAAGCUUUUGUCUCCCCCACUCUCUGUGGCAUGCUAUCCACCUUAAGGUUAAUCUUUGGCACUCUGCCUGGAUGGCUCCCUUACCGUUGCAGCUUCGUGGUAAUCGAAAGGCGGACAAGGUCGAGGCGGAUUUUGGCUGGAGUGUACCACCUAGGGGUUGGUGCAAACUUAACGUUGAUGGAGCUUCUCAAGGAAACCCUAGGAAGGCGACAGCAGGAGUAGUCUUCAGAGAUGAUCAACGACGCUGGCUGGGGGGUUCUACUACUCCAUUGGUGACUGUUCGGCGGCUUGUGCAGAGCUUUGGGCAAUUAAGCAGGGUCUGGAGAUGGCGUGGAGGAGAGGAUUCAAGCUCCUCAUUGUUGAGUCUAAUUCCCGGCUAGCUAUUGACUUCAUUCAGCAUAGAUUCGACCAUGUUCACCCCUUUGCCUCUCUUUUGAGAUCUAUCCGUAGGUUGCUUGCGCAGGAUUGGUUGGUCAAUAUAGUACAUACUUACCGUGAAGGGAAUAGAGUCGCGAACUGGCUCUCGAAGCACAGUCCUGUCUAUCCCCAUGGUAUGUAUGAACUAGUUGACCCGCCAGCCCCUUUGAUGCACAUUCUGUAGGAUGAUGAACGAGGUGUGGUACUUUUACCUCGAAACAUUGUCCAUCUCCCCAAACCCCCUGUAACUCUUUCUUUGUUCUUGGCGUUUGCCUCCAAUCGAUCUAAAAAGAUUAAUUAUCUAGAAGGAUAAAUUUUGUUAAACUAUUUUACCACUUUUUAUCUUAGGAAUUGCCAAGAGUAUAUUUCUUUUACUAAGUUGAAUAUAAGGAAUAUUUUAAU